CUACACACUUUCUUUCGGUUCUCGGCUCGCGUCGGUUUUAAAAGCGUUCUGCCCCAAAGUCCGUCGCUGGGCGGCCUUACAGCAGGCUUAUCAAUGAAUUGAUUCAAACACCUCAGCUCAGCCAACUCAACAAGCACACAGUCGAACAAAAGCCACUGAAACAUGGAGAACAAAGACAAAAACAGGCUGCAAUCUCUGCUUCUUCUCGCACUCUUUUUUGGGAGUUUCGACCUGGGAAGAGCGGCAUUAAUCCCUCCGAACAGCCAGCAAAUCUUCAAGCUGCAAAAUCAAGUAGUUCUAGAAGAACUUACCAGAGGUUCAAGUGCCAAGGAGACGAGCUAUAAAUUUGAAACCGAGCUUAAAAUCAGUUCGGUGUGGAGUCGGGAUGAGGAUCAGCUACUGGAGGUCUUUAUCAGCGGAAGUCGAGUUGAUGCAUCUGGAAAGUCCCGCCCUAUUACCCAGAUACCCGACAGACCCUUUUACAUAAGUCUGGUCAAGGGACAGCCUGAAAAGGUGAUAGCCCACAGUUCAAAGGACCAGUCGGUGCUCAACUUGAAGCGCGGGAUAGCUUCACUUCUGCAGUUAAGAUCGGAUGGAUCCCAUGAGGAGGAAUUGGAUGUGUCUGGCUUGUGUCGAGUGUCCUACAAAGUAAAAUCUUCAACGAAAGUGGAGAAAAGCAAAAAGCUGUGUUCUCUGUGGGAUCUCCGGGUAAACUAUCACCCAGAGGAAGCUCUCGGCAUCACUCAGCAAGCGCAGGAGCAGGUCUCCUACGAACUGUCUUCGGAGGGAGCUCUUUUGAAGGCAGAGUCAGUGGAGAGUCACCGCCUAAGCCUCGCAGCCAAACCAGAUGUGGGAAGCUCUGUAAAGAGUACCCUAAGCCUGCAACACAUCUCCCAGGGAUCGGAGGAAGUGAAGCAGCUGGAACUGGACAGCUUGGAAGAGGUUAUCCAGAGCCUGCUAGACUGGAAUCGCGUCUUCGAGCUGGAAUCCGAUGUAGAUGGCAUGAUCAGCGAGAUCAAGGAGCAAACUCUUGAGGAACAACUGAAGGCUUCUGUGGAGGAACUGCAAUCCGAGGACGUGGGAAAGUCUUCGCUGGCAUUGGCUUACGUCAAACUAAUCCCCUUGGCCCGUGUCACUAGGCAAGAUCAGUUCGAAGAUCUGCUUAAGGAGCACUCGCAAUUCUUGCCUCAGCUGGUGGAUCUCUUGGGCGCUGUUCAAACCUUUGACGCUCACAAUGCCACCUUUGGAUUCCUCUACAAAGAUGCAGAAACCUCUAACGAGCAGUUGGAGCUGCUGGAGAAGUACUUGCAGUCCCUGGCUGUGGCAACGCAUCCGGAUAGGAAAAUAGUUGAACACCUGUUCGAGUUGCUAGAGCUGGAACCUAUUAAAAAGCAGCCAAAGCUGAGAGAAAGCAUAAUCCAAACUCUGGCCACCUUAACCCGUCAAAGUCGGUUCGAUGUUGAAGACCCAUUGCUGCAGCAAGUACGAACUUAUCUCCUCAACGGCCUCUCCUCCAAGGAGCCCACUUUGUAUAUCAGGGCUCUGCAGAACCUGCAGGAUCCCGCCACUAUUGAAUCCCUGCUGGAACAGGCUCAAAGGGACGAGGAGCAAAACCUCUCGGUGGCUGCUUUGCAGGCCCUGAAAGCUUUUCCUCCCAGCUCUUUUAGUUCCUCGCAUCGUAAGCAGUUUGAAAGCAUUUUCUACCAGCAAAAGCGGCGCUUUGAUAGCUCCGCUCGCACUUUGGCUCUGGAUAUCAUCCUAUCGCUCAGACCAAGUCAGGAGCAAUUGGGUCACCUGUUGGACUACCUGGCCUCCAAUGACCGCCAAUUCGAGAUUAAAACCUACGUGCUGCAAAAGCUGCGCAUGCUGGCUGAACAGUGUCCGCGAUUCAGGGCUUUAUUCGAAAGAGAGCUGGCUAAAAGGAAGCAGGUCAACAACUACAAUGUGCUGGGACAAAAGGGUCUCACGACUGUCCUCACACGGCAGCUAUCUCUGGCUCCUGCCUUCAACGAAUCUCUACUUAGUACCCAGGAAGUGUACCAGGGAAUUCUCAAGCGUGGCUCCGUCGAAUUUCUGCUGCACGCAGGCCGCUCCCAAGCAAGCAGCUUCAAAUUGGGCAUCUACACUGCCGGCUUAGGUUCGCUGGUGGGCGACAGUGACUCCGGUGAUGGAAAUGACCAAAUCCCUGCGGAUGAUGAACUUGGUGGCGAGGAGACCGUCACCGCGGGCAUGGAGAUUAGUGUGCAGGGCGCCCAGCUGCGACCCCUGGUCUUUUUCAGCGGUCAGACGGAGUUAAUGGGUCACGUGUGGGGAGGAAGUGCGUCAGAUUCGACACCCGCCUACCAAGCAACCACCUUGGCCCAGGACAACGAGCACUACAUCAUCCUGGCAUCGGGAGCCACUCUUCACUGGCGAGUUCUGGGCGCCAGGAGUGUGGACCUGAAUGGCAAGGUGGGCUUCAGCCUGUGGAAUCGAAAUGCUCAGACGGAGAUUCAGCAAAACACUGGUAGCGCUGUCCUAGGUCAUGUGGCUGUUGGUUUCACCUAUGCCAAACUGGAGCAGGAAUUCAGCCUCACUCACGAACCGAAACUGAGCCUGAAUGCGGACCUGGACUUUUACAGUGGCAUUAAACUCUGCAUGCAACUUCAGCGACCUGAACAGCUUGUCAAACAAACCUCCAUUCGCUCGGUUUUCCUGCAGUCCGUGGAACGACCUUAUGCCAAACAUGUGCGCGCCACACUGUCGCACAAAACUGCGGGCUGCACUUUCGCCCUCAAUCAGAAAAACAACGAAAUGUGCAACCUUAUUUUUAGCGAGUAAUGGAGAUUAUUGAAGAUUCCUCAUACAAAAGAGAUAAGCGCUAUAAAAUGUAAUGCUAUACUAAACACUCAGAGAUUAAGACUCAAUAUAGUUGUAAACUCAAACGAACAAAUACAAUCAAAUUUUCAAAAAAAA